GGUUCCGCGGCUGCCAGGGCCAGCAUCCCCGGCCCUCCCGCUCGCCGGCGGCUGUCGCCGACAUGGAACCCGUGGCCAGCAACAUCCAGGUCCUGCUGCAGGCGGCGGAGUUCCUGGAGAGGCGCGAGAGAGAGGCGGAGCAUGGCUACGCGUCCCUGUGUCCACACUACAGCCCCGGGACUGUCUACAAGAGGAGGAAACGACCCGUGCAAGCUCCUGGUGCGCUGAACAGUGGACGGUCUGUGCACAAUGAGCUGGAGAAACGCAGGAGAGCCCAGCUGAAGCGGUGCCUGGAGCAGCUAAGGCAGCAGAUGCCCCUGGGGGUUGACUGUACACGAUAUACCACACUGAGCCUGCUGCGCCGGGCCAGGAUGCAUAUCCAGAAGCUGGAGGAGCAGGAGCAGCAGGCCCAGCGGCUCAAGGAGAAGCUUCGCAGUAAACAGCAGAGCCUACAGCAGCAGUUGGAGCAGCUCCAGGGGCUGCCCCGGGGUGGAGAGAGGGACAGGCAGCGAGCAGACAGCCUGGACUCUUCGGUUCUGUCCUCUGAGCGCUCAGACUCAGACCAAGAGGACGUGGAGGUGGAUGUGGAGAGCCUGGUGUUCGGGACUGAGACUGAGCUGCUUCAGAGCUUCAGCGCUGGCCAGGGGCUCACCUACUCACACAGCACCGGUACCUGGCUAUGAUGCCAGCUGCCUCUCUCUCUGGACUGAGCCUGCCAGGCAGGGGAGCCCCACACAAGACCCGUCUGCUUAGAGCCACUUGUUGGGAGACCACAAAGACCCCUGUGUGGGGACAGGACUCUGCACUCUGCUGCACAGCUUGAGCCUGGGACACCUUCCCCAUCCCCCAGGGCAUUUUAUGUAGCCCUUGGCUCUGCUUUGCUGCCCCC